UGUUGCUGCAAUCUAGUUUCCGCAAAGGCACAGACAAUUCAAAUAUCAUGGCUAUUCAUGAACUACCUGAGCUUCUUUCCCAUGAGGAAAUGAAGAAAAACCAAAUUCCUAUCCCAUUCAGGGAUAGGUGUGCUAGUCUUUUGAUCCCCUUAAACAAAUGCAGAAAACAAGGGGGCUAUCUGCCAUGGACUUGUGUUGAAGAAAGACACGACUAUGAGCACUGUCAAUAUCUAGAUUUCAAGAGAAGAAUCAAGGAAUUAGAGGAAUACAAGAAAGAGAGAGACGCUUCCGCUUGAUUUCAUUUACCAUGGGAUAAAAAACUUCAUUUCUUGCUAUUUCACCAUAAUUCGUUCAAUGACCAUCAUUUUGCUUUGAUCAAUGUCUAUCACUUUCAUACUGGCCCAUCAUUAAUUUAAGCCAUGGACGUGCUACUUGUUCUUGUUAUGAAAUGUACUGUCUAAUAGACCACAAACUGCAAACCCACCUGCUUAUUCAGUCAUUUAUUUAUUACCUAUUUAUUCUUCACUUUUUCCGUAUAUAUCAGUUUCAGCCAAACCAUUAUAUAUCAAUAAAUAAACCUACACUAUUUUAUACAUAUAUUUCAGCAGUC